CAGUGACAUUGGUUGACCCAGGAAGUAAUAUAGACGAGGAGCUAAAACAAUGGAGUUUCCGAAUUUGGGCAAACACUGCACCGAUCAGUAUUGCAACAAAUUAGACUUUCUGCCCAUGAAAUGCGACGCAUGUGGUGACAUAUUCUGCUCCGAUCACUUCAGUUACAAAGACCACGCUUGCCCAUCGGCCUACAAAAAAGACGUGCAAGUUCCUAUUUGUCCGCUCUGUGGAGACCCAGUGCCGACUCCUCGCGAUGUUUCACCCGAUGUAACGGUGGGAGCGCACAUAGACAGGUUCUGCAAAUCUGAUCGGAAGAAAAUCUAUACCAAUCGUUGCUCCUACCGUAACUGCAAGAAGAAGGAACUCAUUCCCGUCAAUUGUAGCGUGUGCAGGCUCAACUUUUGCUUGAAACAUCGCCACACGACCGAUCAUGAUUGUCAGGGACCAGCAGCGGGACAACGCAAUCUCAUAGCCACGGCAGCCAUACAACGACAAGUCCCAAAAUCAGUCACAACUGGACCGUUUUCGGUUCGAUCGAGUGUCCGUGCUACAACUUCCAACACGGGUGCCGUUAGCAGCACCACCAACGAACAUAUAGCAAUCGUCCAGGGAGGAAUGUCGGAGGACGAAGCUCUGGCUCGUGCUAUUGCGUUAUCCAUGCAAGAGGAGGAGGAACAACAGACGGCACAGCAGCGCCAAACCCAGCAGAGCCGAAAUCCAUCCACCACACCCAGAGGAAUUUCAGUUGGAAAUGGGAGUGGGACCAGUGGCGCCAAGGAUAGAUGCAAUCUCUCGUGAACGAACCGCUGGGAGAGCACUGCAUCUAGCAAGCAAGGUAUUCCAUCUGCUACUGAUUGCAACGACAAUCGGAGAACAUGUAGGGUAUGAGUGAUUCGAAGAAUGUAAAAGACAAACGGUUUCGGGGCUGUAAUUUGUUUUCAUUUUGUUAUACAAGCAUUUCUCAACACGCUUAACUAUUCGCCAUUGCCAGGCAGCACCAAAUGAAUGUUAGGAGAGAUUUUUAAUCAUGAAUAGAAUUAUAUUUAUG